AUGCAUCCUACUGCUGAAAAUCUUUGGAGAUUGCAAUGGCUCGUAAAGCAAAGUGUUUGGAAGAGUGUGCCUUAUAAUUUUCUUAGUAGCAUACUUUUAACGGGUAGUUUGAUUGGAGCUAUCAUCUAUAUCUUUAGAACUACUAAUCGUUCAGUUCGCCAACCAUGUCCAUCUCUCACAAAUAGCGGUGAUGUUCCCGCGAUGCUCAAUCUAGGCAACACAUGUUAUGUCAACUCAUUAUUGCAAGCGUUGGCUAGCUCAAGAAGUUUUUCAAGGUGGAUUCAGGCUAUUGAUCUUAAACUUGUUCCUGAUGGCCAACAUUUGGUGUUUCUUGAUUCAUUGAAACGAAUUAUUCAUGACUUGAAUGAUGUGACGAUAAAAACAUGUUCAGCCUCAAAUUUAAUUGAUGCUUUGUUAGCACACAGAUGGUCAAUACCACCGAAUACAGAACAAGAUUUAUUUGAAUUAUUUAAUGUUUUCGUCACAACAUGGGAUGAAGAAUUAGCUGUAUUGCGUCAUGGUGAAUCAUCGCCCCACAAGAUCGUCGAAAUAAAGACAGUCAUGGAUUCUUUAAUUAAUAAAACCACAAUGACUCGAGAUACUGGCAGUUACAUGUUUAUAGAAAGUAGUAAUCAAGAUGUUUCUGAUAAAGUGCUUAAUGAUUUUAUUGAAAUAAAAACGCAGUCGUUCUCGUCUUCAUUGGUAUUUGACCAUGUGAGAAUUCAGAAUGUUGCGGCGAAUGAAAACUUGUUAAAACCACCUUGUUUGGGACUAUUGGCGGUCCAAUUAAGUUGUUGCAGAGAAGAUUGCGAUUAUACUAAAAUUCGUGAAGAGAAGUUUUGUGUACUGUCACUUUCUUUUCCAAAAUCGUCUAGUUCUUUAUUGUCAUUUUCGAGGUUGUUACAAGGGUAUUUUACUCCUGAAUACAUUCAAGGUGCUUCAUGUGACCGAUGUUUGCAGCAGCAAAAAGAUCCGUGUAGUGGACUAAUAAAAAAGCAAGGGUUUUGCGAGUUACCACCAUUGUUAAUAAUUCGUAUAGAGCGAGUAGGAUUCUCUCCUAAUAGAUGCGUUUUCAAGCGAACGGAACGCUUUUUGUUUCCAGAGUUAAUCGAUGUUCGAGAAUACUGUUUCUUUGACAAUGAGAAAAGAUCGAAGGAAAUGAAAAAUUCAUCAUCAGAUCCAUCUGUGCGAAUUGUUAGGGAUUCAUCUUCUAAUGCCAGUCUAUCUCUUUUACCAAAACUUAAGACAACUCGGCAACAUACUACAAGAGAAUCUGUAGUAUGUAAUGGAACAAAUCAUGUUGGCAACCAAUUCAAAUAUAAAUAUCUUCUGCGUGCUGUAUCUGUACAUAUUGGAGGGGCCCAUUCCGGUCAUUUUAUCACAUAUCGUCGAGGAAUUAGUGUUCACAGUCGAAGUAAUUGGUAUCGAACAAGUGAUACACAGGUGACACCAGUGUCAUUUGCAGAAGUGGCGUCCUCAGAAGCCUAUAUGCUUUUUUAUGAUAAAACAUUAACUAAAUUGAUAAAUUAA